AUGCCAGUCCGGAAGAUCACCCAAGUGAAUGUGAACGGCAUUCGCACUACCCCACCUCCUCCUCUUCUUCCUCUAUCUCCCUUACCCCCCAACCCGCCAUCACCCUCGCAGGAAUUUAGCCGUGAUCAGCCAAGCGAGCACGCCAAUGCCCUGCAGGCUAACGAUGGAGACAACAAGUGUCAUUUGGUGAUGACGCCAACGGCAAUUUGA